CACCGAAUCAUAGAUUGAAUUCGGAUCAAAAUAUUAAAAUAUCAGAUCAAAUACGGACCAGUUCAAAUUCGUAUCCGAUCCGAUCCUAAUGUCGGCACCUGUCAGGAUUAGAAUUUGUUCGUUUGGACAAGCACGUGCGCUCUGUCAACGUUGUCCACAAAUCACGGCAAGCUACCUAUAAUUGUCGACUUGGUCAAAGUUUCUUUUUCUGGGUAAAGUCGGUCAAAGCUAUUGCAUGGAUAAUUGCUACAGAAUAACUAGCAAGUUGAUGAGCCUUAUCUUGAGAAGAUCUCUCGUACAGAGACAGAUCAAAUUAAUGCUUCUCUCUUCUAACAAAUUGUCCUUUUUCUUUUUUAAUUUUUACAGUCCGGAGGCCCCAACUACAAGGUGCCUCUAGGCCGGCGCGAUAGCCUCACCUUCGCCUCUCGGAACGCGACCCUCGCCGGCCUCCCAGCCCCCACCUCCAACGUCACCACACUCCUCAAUGUCCUCAACAAGAUCAACCUCGACACCACCGACCUCGUCACGCUCUCCGGCGGCCACACCAUCGGCCGUGCGCAUUGCUCCUCCUUCGACAACCGCCUCUUCCCCUCCCAGGACCCCAUCAUGAACAAGAGCUUCGCCAAGAACCUCUACCUCACCUGCCCCACCAACACCACCGUCAACACCACCGUCAACGACAUCCGGUCCCCCAACACGUUCGACAACAAGUACUACGUCGACCUUAUGAACCGCGAGGGGCUCUUCACGUCGGACCAGGACAUGUACACCGACUCGAGGACUAAGUCUAUUGUCAAGAACUUUGCCAUCGACCAGCGUCUCUUCUUUAAGAACUUCGUGUACUCCAUCGUUAAGAUGGGGCAGCUGAGCGUGCUGACCGGUGACCAGGGGGAGAUCAGGGCCAACUGCUCGGCUGCCAACCCAACUACCAAGUUCUUGUGGUCUGUGGUGGAUGGCGAAGAACGUGAGAAGCCGGCGUACUAGAUGAGAUUCUAGUACAUGUUGCAAUAUUUGUGUCUGUGUUUUGAGCAAGUGGCUGUUCAACAAUAAAUCGCCGUGGUAGCGAAAAGAAUGAUGCGAAAUGCCUAUAUAUGCUUGUUUAUCUCUGGUUGUAAUUUUAUAUAGAAAGUUAAUUAAAUCCUUGUUUAGUUUGAAAAA